UAAUACAGUUCACAAAAAUCGAAUAUUUUUGGCGCAUGCGAUUCUUCUCCAUUUCAGGAAUUUUCCUGGAUAUGAGCGAACGGAUUCGUUCGAUUUUUACUGUGCUUAGCCAUGGCUUCUUCGGCAGCUCACUUGCAGAUCGACGGGAUGCAGAGGAAGGAGGUCCAAGUAGCAAUGGCGAAGGCCGUGGAGCUGAGGGCUAUUCAUGCUGCUCUGCUGCAAGGAAGCGGGAGUAGCCCGGCGGCGAUGAGGGUUCCCGCCGGCUCUUCGCCUCUUUCCAGAUUAUCGAACAACGCAGCUGAUGACUAUCCUGUGUUUACUCCGAGACAGACUUACGAAGAUAAGCCGUUGCCUGGGUAUCAGUUUAUCCGCCCUGAUCGAAGUCUUUCAGAAUGCUGGAGUGAAAUUAGGCUGGAAGGAGAACCCAGAGAUAAUGAGAACGUUCUGUCUGACACAAAUUCUGUGAAAAAUAAGUUUUCUUCUCUGAAAGAUGAUCAGCUGGCGUUUUUAACAAAUGAACAUUUAUCCAACAAAUCUUUUUGCAUAAACCACCAAAAUCCUAUCAUGCAAACUGCUCCAGAAGUUGAUGUCUACAAGUCUUUAAGUAGGAGAAGUGCCAUAGGAGAACUAAAAUCAGUGACAUUUAACACCACAAGCAACCUUGCAACAAUCAGUAUGGAGGUUGAUGCUGAGCAGAACAACCUCAAGAGUGUUAAUAACGUAACUCCUUCAGUCGAUACUCGUACUCCACUUCCGCCUCAAUCAAAGAGCAGAGGAACUACCUUUUCAUGGUUGUUUCAUAAAACAAAGAAGAAAAACAAACUAGAAAUGUCUCCAAAUGCAAAUGAAUCAGAAAACAUGCGCCAGAUUUUAACGGAUUGGGGAACAUUCUCACUUGAAACAUUGAAAAGGGAGUUGUUUGAGGCCAAUGAACGAAAAGAUGCAGCAUUGGCUGAAGUCGCAAAGACGAGGGCUUCUCUUGGUGAGCUUCAGCAAAAGCUAGAAACUUUAGAGUCCUACUGUGAAGAGCUGAGGAGGUCUCUGAAGCAGGCAGUUCAUGAACAAGGUAAGCAAGUUCUCAAUACAUUAAAGAGAACUAAGCCAAUUAAUAUUAACCACAGCUGUAAUGAAAACUCCAUGCCUGUUAGCCAUGAAGUAAUGGUAGAGGGCUUCCUGCAGGUAGUUUCUGAAGCAAGACUCUCCGUCAAGCACUUCUGCAAGGCUCUCAUUGACAAUAUCGAUAAAACUGAUAGCAGUUUACUGGAAAAAUUAAGCAUGCUUGUGCAUCCAAAUCCAUUAACUUUGGACAAAAAGUACCCAAAAGCUGAUCUGUAUCAUUUACAAGCUCUCAUAAAUCAGUCACUGCACCAAGAUUUUGAGAACUGUGUGUUCCAGAAAAAUGGGUCACCAAAGCUUCUUGACCCUCAUCAAGAUUGCUUGGAGAACUUCUCAUCUUUCGUCUCGCUUCGGAAUUUGAGCUGGAAUGAAGUUUUGAGGAAAGGGACUAAGUAUUACAGCGAUGAUUUUAGCUACUUCUGUGAUCAGAAGAUGAGCAGCAUUGUUUCUAUAUUGAAUUGGUCGAGGCCAUGGCCCGAACUGCUGCUGCAGUCAUUUUUCAUCGCUGCCAAAUGCAUGUGGCUGCUUCAUUUACUCGCAUUCUCCUUUAACCCCCCUUUGUUGAUUUUGAGGGUUGGUGAGAACCGAAGUUUUGAUCCACUGUACAUGGAAGAUGUUCUUAAAGGCAGGCAACAACGGACACAUUCUUUAGUGCAAGUAAAAAUCAUGGUGAUGCCAGGAUUUUAUGUGCAUGAUAAGGUUUUGAAGUGCAGGGUCUUGUGUAGCUAUGGGUAACUUUUAACAAAUUAUUCUUCUGAUUCUGGUAAUGCAUUUCAUAUUGUUUGUAUAUUUAUCCUUUCUCUUAUCAUAUUCUGCCAAGGGUGAGAAGUUAUCAAUUUUCUAAU